UGACACAUCCAUACCACUGAUCCGCACGAACAACGGCGAUGGAGACGGAGCAGCCCAGCAUCGCCGGCCCUGCACGUUUCGCAGAACUUCUCGGAGAACUUCAAGAGUUGCAUGUCACAGAGGUAUCGAAGUUAAGCGCAGAGGUGGCAGACCUCCGCGAACAGCUGAAAGGGCCACGGAUGUCGCCGCCAGUGGCACCCCCGGCGGCAUGGGAAAUGGAGGAUUCACAGGAGAUGCGGCAGUUCUCGGUCACGAAGCUGGUCUCCAAUGUGUCGCCGGCUCCUUCAGGGCUGUCACCGGAUGAAGGCCGUUCUCAAGACGAUGUCAGAAAACCCAAGACGGACACGCUGAAGAUACCAACGGGCGCAAAGCUCAACAGGAAGGGCUCUAACAGCUCGUCCGUGUCCUUCGUUCCCACGAUUGAAGAGGAGUUGAGCGAAGAGUUAGGGCACCAAGAGAGCCACCUGAGGGAGCGUAUGAAAUCCAUUUUCCUGAGCACCAACUUCGAGUUUGUGAUCGCCAUGCUGCUGAUCGUGAACCUCUUGCUGAUGGCGGCCCAGUUGCAGUACCACGGCUUCGUCAAUGGCCAUGCCAUUGGCUACCCUCGCUAUGCUACGAACCCCGAGACGGCAUGGCCAUAUGCUGCUGACAUUUUCUUCGGGGCAGAUGUUUUGUUCGCUUUUCUUUUCACCGUGGAGAUGUUUUGGCGCUUGCUGAAGAUCCGCGCUGCCUUCUUCAAGCAUUGCCUCAACUGGGUGGAUUUCCUGGUGGUUUGCAGCAGUUGGUUGGAACUCUUCGCCCAAGCGCUUCCCAUUUCGCCCACCUUUCUACGCUUGCUGCGUUUGGGGAAGCUGCUGCGCGCCCUGCGCGUGGUGCGGAUGUCGCAGGUCUUAGAAUCCCUCCAGCUCUUACUGAAAUGCAUUUACGCCUCCUUGCGCAUCCUCUUCUGGUCCUUGGUGCUGCUGAUGAUCAUCCAAUGCAGCGCGGGGAUGACCAUCUCCUACAUGCUCAGUGACUUCAUGGUGACCGAUGAUGGAAACGCCGAGGCGCGCUUUCAGGUCUUUAGGUAUUACGGGACCUUUAGCAAGACGCUCCUGACAAUGUGUGAAGUGCUCUUCGCGAAUUGGGCUCCUGCUUGCCGAGUGCUGAUCGACAAUGUCAGUGAGUGGUGGGCUCUGGGAUUUAUCGUCUACAGAUGUUUUGUGGGUUUCGCUGUCCUCAAUGUCGUCAGUGCUGUCUUCAUCCAGACCACCAUGAAGGUGGCGCAUGAGGACGAAGAGGUCAUCGCCUUCGAAAAAACCAAAGCGCAGGAAAUCUAUCGACGUCGAGUCAACAACAUGUUCCGCGAAGCGGACACAUCAGGAGAUGGAUUUAUUGAUUUUCAAGAGUUCAAGCGGAUGCUGGAGCAUCCUCAACUCCAGGUCUGGCUCCACCAGUUGGAGAUCCAGACCGACGACUUGCUUGGUCUAUUCUGCAUGUUAGAUGAUGGUGAUGGCGAAAUUUCACUGGAAGAGUUCGAGACGGGCAUCAUGAAGAUCAAAGGCAUUGCCCGGAGCUUUGACCUCAACAAGUUGCAACGACAGGUUAGGAAAAUGAAUGCAAAGCUGGAUUUCAUGCUGGUGCAGAACAACUUGUCGGAUCUGCAACAAUCACAGCUAAAGAUGGAUCGAGCAAGUCGCAAGGUCGUCUCAAACGUUUCCCCGGCUCCGAGUGGCGAGCUGAUGUCGAACACGUCUACUGGCGAAAAAUAUUCAAAAAUGUGGAUGAAACUUCGGGGCGCUUCCCGCGACAGCUUCUGAUGUUGGGCACUCCAUAAGGAAACAGCGAGAAUGGAACGUAUGGG